AUGCCCCUCAGACACGGGGUUACUUGCAAACGGCUUCCUUUAAAGUUAUGUUUCUCGAAAAAUUACGAAGGAAGGAGCAUGUCUCAUCAGUUGCCAGAUUUAUUUCCGCAAUAUCAUGCCGAGUUCGUCGAUGCUUAUGCCUACUAUUGUAACUGGCGCUGGAGAAGCCUUAAUUGCAAAGGAGAUAUUCACACUUAUUUUUGGCGCAACUGUCUUGAGCAUCUUAGACUUGCUGAUCGGCGUGCUGGUUUGAUCGCUCUUUUGCUUGAUUUGGAUUUCAUUGCCGGGCGUCUUUGUUCCCUCGGACCAAGUUUGGUCAUAGCCGAUUUCCGCGCUUACAAAAGCAUUUUUCUCCAUGAAGGACAUAUUCCUGCUUGGUACAAGUUGAUUCUUCUAUUGAAUGCUUACAUCAACUUCCUACAGACACACGCGCAUUAUGUGGUAGAUCCGGCUGCUGCUUCUGCUGCUGCAUCCCGUGAACAAGCAGACAGACAGGCCAGAUUACGACUUAGACGCUAUCAAAUAGCCGGGAUCGAAAUGAAUAAUGGACAAGAAGAGUCAAAUCGACGAUGGAGUCUUGAUGCAUAUCUGAGUGAGGCUAAUUUUGCAGCCAGUAGCGCAGGUUGGCAAGCUGAAAGUCAAAUCGAUAGCAAGGAUGGUAGAAUGAUUAGAAAUAUUCUAGGAGCUACAAGCGGGGAUGGGCAUCAAAGUUUUACCCAUUUGAUGCGAUCAAGGAGUCCGCCAUUUCUUGUCGGCGGAACCCGGAGUGCAGAGACCUCUAGAAGAGUCAGUCAUGGUAAGUUUAUUUACCAAGUCUGUCUGCUUUAG